CAUGCUACUAAAGGUGAGGCUUGGUGAUGCCCAGAAGUUUGUUCGCAUAACAGAGCCAAACCUGACGGAUUUUCUUGAUGCAGCAUUUGCAAAGUUUGGAGUGCCACCCGUGACAGAAGGUGUUAAGGUCAUUGACAGCUCUGGGACGGAGGUGGAUGAAGAUGUUUUUGAGGAUAUCGUUAAUGAUCCUUCAACUGGUGUGUUGACCAUUCGAUAUGACACAGGUUCUGUCUCCCCUGUGUGCUCCCUGGAACGUUCUCUACCACAGUCACCCAAUACAUCGGAUUCACAGGACACCAUAAUCCUUCCAGUUGGUCCUGCUGAAAAGCGUCAGAGGCUUGAUUUGGAGGCUAAGCAGGUAAGGAGGUCUGUUCUGGAAUCGAAACCAGGUGGAGACCGGGUUGUUAACGAAUAUAAUCGAACCAAGGCCUUGACUGAUGAAACAAGAAGGAAGCUCGUCAAGAUCCUGACAGCAGAUAUGAUUGAGACACAUGGCACAUCGCCACCCAGGCAGGUGAAGGAGAAGUACGCAAGAGGAAUUGUGAACUUAUUCCCCUACCUCAGCGACCCCUUCUCCAAGAAUGGUUAUGAGCACUACUACGAUGGCGAAAGUGGGACGGGAUACCUUGCCUGGAGAAUCAAAACAGUUCAGAGGAGCAGUGCCAAAGAUCGCAGAGCGUCAGGUGAAGGCCCAUCUGGAACAGAACAUGCUGGCGGUCCAACUGUCAAUCGAGAAUUCCAACAUGUUCCAGAGACCACCCUGACUGAAGAGCAAUGUAGGGAGGCCAUCUCAGUGAUGAAACAUUCUACCGAUGAAGAAAUGGUGAAGAGGAAGAUGAAGUUAACGUUUCCCCAUCGUCGUGACUUGGUUGUUGACCCUCAUCAGUCCAGCGAGAUAUUGUCCAUUUUUCCACGAUUCAAAGAUGUGAAAGGAUUGAUUGAACAGGAUUUCAUCCUCAUGUUUGGAGAGGCUAUAUCAGUGAAACUUCUGGAGAAAUGGCCGACAACCUUCAAGCAGAAGAUCAUCCGGGAGUGCCAGAAGCUUCCAGCCGUGAAUGAAAUGAAGGAGCUCCUGCUGGCUGCCGAUCCUCCAGAGGAUAACCCAGAAGAAGAUUAUGAAUUGGGUUGGGACAGCGACCUGUCAUCGAUUUUGUUGCUUUUACACCUGAUUCCACCAACUGCUCAGGGUCGGAAAAGACCUGGAAAGGUGGCGGCCUCCCAAGCAGAGAAGCAGCUCGUUGUCUUCAAGAAGGCUGGAACAAAUCUACAAGAGCAUCUGGACAGCAUCACCUCUAGCACUCAGCCCUAUCUACUGGCAGUUGGAACCAAGAAGAAUGUGAUCCACCAGUUCUUCAUCAUUCUUGACAAGAACGCCAUACCAUGCAGGUCAACAUCCUCCCUUGGUGCUUUUGAUGAACUGUUUAAAGGACAUUUCGUGUUUGGCACAUCUUACAACACCGUGCUCCACAACAUGUAUGUCUUUAUUCAGACAACUGUGUACAACAUUGAUGUAGCCAAAGUGAAGGAGAGUCCCAGAGUAGCUGAAAUUAGGGCAAGACUGCUUAAUUAACUUGUUUCAUCAGUGCUUGGUAAUACUACUUCCUCAUGAAGUGUUUUCUUUGUAAUGCUGGAUUUAAUGGUUCAAAUAAGCUUGUUAGGCAUAUACAGUCAGUUCAUGGUUACUUUCCUGGCAAAAGCCUUCAUCUACAGUGUGUUGAGACUGGAUGCAGGCGAAGUUUUGGUUCGUUUUCUGGUUUUAGGAAACAUUUAAAUAUGAAACACGGACAAGACGGUACCAGCCGACAGGUUAACAAUGUUGCCCAUUUACGCAGAGGGGAAGAUGAUGUUACUAUUGAUAUUGAUGAAAGGCCCUCAACAUCCACAACAUCAGAACCAUUAAAAUCCAAAAGUAACACUUUGGAUAUGUGUGCCACGGCUGUGGCAGAGCUCAAGACAGGGGGUGUAAGUCAGUUUCGUGUAGACAAAUUCGUUUCAAGAAUGGAGGAAGUGUUUUUUGAGAUGAGAAAUGAGGCUAAAGAAACGGCCUUAGAGUGCUUAUCGCCAGAGGACACAGA